AUGACCUUCGGCGAAGAUUCCCGACAUCAAGGCUCUGGAGGUGAUGAGUCUGGAGCGCUCAAGGCCCGCAAGGCUUGCAUCAACUGUCGCAAACAAAAGAUGAAAUGCAUUGUACAGGGUAACAGCGAAUCAUGCCGACGAUGUCGGCGAGCAGGCUUACCUUGCGUCUUUGUGCCAAGAGCAAACGCAGCUCAAUUGCCCCUGGUAUCUGAACCCCUGGAUUUAGAAUUCAAAAACAAUAUUCUAUCCAGACUCAAAAUCGUGGAAGAUCGAUUGGGUCUUGUAGGAGAUAAUAGUAUGAGCUUUGAGAUGUUCGCCGGUGCACAAGAACAAUCUCCCGAGCCGACGAAUGAGCCACUCUGGAAUGCAAUUUUGCAACUACAGAGGUGCUCACCUAGUUUGCCUUCAUCAAUAUGGCGUCGUGAUACCGUGGAAUCACUUUGGUCGUCAAUGCCCGGUCUACACUUCAUGCCAGACAAACAGACCUUCUCAGCACCCCAACCAGUUCUACUUGCAUCCAUUCUCUAUUGUUCAAGCACAAGAGGACCACCAGACAUGGUCGGGAUCGCACCUCAUUUCUUCACAGUUCUAUGUACUGCCAUAGCACAACUUAGUAUUCCCAGUAGCGAGAUUGGUCGCCCCAUAGAGACAUCUGUCUCCAGAGAAGAAUGGGCUUUCCAGACAGUGUUGGGCAUCGUACUUGCUGGCCUUCUAACAGAAGGAAACAUCCGAGAGACUGGGAACUGGAUCUCUGUAGGUUAUAGGCUCAUGCUGGAUUACUGUCCCGCUCACGUCGAUGACACAUCAAGGGAAUGGCGAAAGCUAUUCAGUGGCAUCCAGAUCGUUGAUCUUGAACACUCUUCAAUCCAUCUAGCCUAUCCGGUUAUACCGAUCGAAGCACCACUUGCAGUCUUGCGGAUGUCGCCACUAGAUCAACUAUACAAGUUAUCGCGCAUGAUGCAUACGGGUCUCAGCCACUUUACAGGACGACGAUUGCCGACUAUAUGGUCAUGUUUUGAAGAUUCACGAGUCGAGAAUCAUAAUUUCACCACAAGCUUCACAGCUAUCGAUGGCAUACUCAUUCGAGAUUGGGCCAAGCAGCUAGACGAUUGGCUUGUGGAGUUUAAUGGGAAAACACCUGAACCUGACCAAAGUAGUAAGCUUGUUCUUCGGCAAUAUGUUCUCCAUAGACUUCUCGUCCUUUCCAUCUAUCACCCAGCCAGAAGUGGUAAUCUCUGGUCUCAAAGCAUCACCUCUCAUGAGCAGGAAGAAUUACUCCUGUCAGCUCGUGCGACACUGAAGCUUCAUCAGCAUGAUGAUUCGAUAUGGUCAAACUGGGACUUGAUUAUAAUCACAUGGGCUGCCCUCAUUGUCCUGCAAGGUAUACAGGGUGGUGUUGGAGAAAUAGAAGACAUGACAAACAUCAGACUCCAUCUCGACAUCCUCAAGCAAAAGAACGAGCCCAAACCAAGUCUUUGUGAUAAACUCAUUGCACGCUUGGAAGAGAGUCUACAAGACGUCAGCACACCCGACUUCUCCUAUGUUCAGCCAGCACAUCCAUCCGUCAUGGAUCCCUCGUUUGACUACAGCUGGCAGAUAUUCGACCAGGUGAACUUGCAACAAAUCCAGUUUCCGGGCUAA